AAUUAAUCAUUACACUACUGCGUUGACAGAUGAAGAAUUCGAAGGCUCUAUUUCCUCGACCUUAUCAAGGCCAGGGCAGCUUCGCAACUAUUUCCUGGCCAGCCAGCUUGUAGGUCUAGCUACCGUCGCACGUACAAUAUAAACAACCUUGGCACUGAAAAAGGUGCCGUUCGCCUGUUCUUCCACUUCGAAUCUUAUCUACAGUUAUUUUCAGACUUAUGACACUUUCGAGUUAGGAGCUAUGGCAGGUGUGAUUCUUGCCGUCGGAGCUUGCUAUCUCGAUACAAUUCUGAGCGUCUCGCACUACCCACGAGAAGAUGAAAAGCUCAGGGCUGAGAGCUUGUUACAAAGACGCGGUGGGAAUUGCCCAAACACACUCGAGGUGUUGCAGCAGUUAGCUAAAUCGGAUAACAACUGGAACCUGAGGCUUGAGCUAUGUGCAACGUUACCUGCCAGAGACUGUGCUGCAACUAAAACAAUCAAAAAUUCUCUUCCUGGAGUCUGGUUUGACCAUUGUUUCCACAGGGAGGACAGUCAAGAAGCUGCCAGUAGUUACAUCAUACAAAGCAAGGCCACUUCUACGAGGACAAUUGUUAAUUACAACGGCUUAUCUGAAAUGCACUUUAUGGAAUUUAAGGACAUGAUCGAUCAACUUGAACAAGCCUCCUCUUCGCGCGCGUUACGGUGGUGCCAUUUUGAGGGACGCAUACCAGAGGUCGCGCUGGAAUGCGUUAAAUAUAUAAGAAAAACCCUUAUUGGCACGACUAUUAGCGUGGAGAUUGAGAAGCCUGGAAGACCCGGACUUGAAGCUCUAGCAGCAGCGGCAGACGUAAUCUUCUACUCCUGUUCCUGGGCAAAAAGCAGAGGAUACCGAUCAGCACAGGCGUGUCUUGAAAGCGAAGCCAAGAAUAGCCCUGUGGCCAGGACGCUUUGCUGUACGUGGGGAGCCGAUGGUGCGCAUGCCUUGACGAGAUCAAGAAGUUCUGAUGGAUGGACAUCCCUCCAAGCUGCUCCUGGGCAACCCAGCAUUGUAGUAGUCGACUCGACGGGUUGCGGCGACACUUUCAAUGCGGGCAUUAUAUAUGCACUCUGUCGCAGUAGCGACAACGUAUUAUAUCCUCAGGACCUUGAUUUUGCAGUCAAUCUGGCGAGCCAAAAAGUUCAGCAAAACAGCUUCGACAAUGUGGUAGAACAGCUGCGUCGUGGCAACAUAUUUAACGAGCAAAGCUUCUCAUGA